UUCACUCCUGUCCCUGUGAAGAGUGAAGAUGAUGAAGAGGAACCUCAGUCUGAGGGACACCACUGUGGAGGACCACCAGGACCAGGACCACCAGGAGCAGGACCAGACAGGAAUUCUGAUCCAGAGUCUGAGGACAGGAGCGGAGACUCUUUAGUAGCUGAAAUUGAAGUCAGUGUUGACGACUCAAUGGAGACCAGAGAACCUCAUGAAGUUCCCGUCAGCGAUUCGAAACCAUUCAGCUGCUCUGAGUGCGGGAAAAGAUUCAGCCUCAAGACAACUCUCAGGAAACACAUGAUCAUUCAUACAGGAGAGAAACCGUUCAGCUGCUCCGUUUGUAACAAAAGAUUUUUAACAAAGGGUAACCUGAACGUCCACAUGAGGUCUCACACAGGAGAGAAACCGUUCAGCUGCUCCGUUUGUAUGAAGUCUUUUACACAAAACGUGAGUUUACAGACACACAUGAGAAUUCACACUGGAGAGAAACCGUUUCAUUGCUCAGUUUGUGCUCAGAGAUUUUUGAGUAAGGCGCACCUGAAGACGCACCUCAUCACUCACACAGGAGAGAAACCCUUCAGCUGCUCUGUGUGCGGGAAAGCUUUCAUUGAAAAUGGAAAUCUAAAGAAACACAUGAUGACUCACACGGGAGACAAACCCUUCAGCUGCUCCAUCUGUGACCAGAGAUUUUUACGAAAGGCAAAUCUGAAGAAACACUUGAUCAGGCACACGGGAGAAACACCAUUCAGCUGCUCUGUGUGUGGGAAAGCUUUUAAAGAAAGUGGAAACUUGAAGAAACACCUGAUGACUCAUACAGGAGAGAAACCGCUUGGCUGCUCUGUCUGCAAUCAGAGAUUUUGGGAGAAAACUGACCUGAAGAAACAUGUGAUGACUCACACGGGAGAGAAACCCUUUUGCUGCUCCGUUUGCGAUCAGACAUUUUUGCAGAAACCGAAUCUGAAGAGACAUAUGAUCACGCACACGGGAGAGAAACCGUUUCUUUGCUCUGUCUGUGGGAAAAGGUUCACACAGAAGGUUCACCUGACGCAACACAUGGCCCGUCACACAGGGGAGAAAAGAUUCAGAUGCGGCGUUUGUGAGCAGAGAUUCACGUGGCGUUAUCAGCUCAGGAACCAUCAGUGUGAUGCUCGGCAGUCAUCACAGCUUCUUUAGACUGAGGACAGGAAACUGAAGUUGCCAAAUUAAGUUCAAAUAUUUAGUAGCUCAAUGGUAACUUGAGUAUCUAAGGAAUAAAGAAAAGUGUUCUCCUUGUGUGACGUCCCACAGGGGUCAUCCCUUGGUCCUCUGCUGUCUCUUCUUUAUAUAAAUGACCUACAGCCUAAUUUAUUAAUACAAAGUCCUGCAGAUUUUUUUUACACAUUAUUGGACAAUUAAAUAUAAAUUUUCAGAUAUAUAAUUGGAUAUUUUGGACUUUUUAAAAAUGUUUUUCUUACAGACAUAUGACAUAUUUUA